CUUCUCUCUUCCUCUCCGCUUCCUCUUCCUAUUAUAAGCUCGACCGUCGCCCACUUCCGCUGAUCACUUGUACAUCCCUCUCCUAUUUGGCAUUUGCUGCCUUUAUCCUUACCCUUAACCGCCACCCAUCCGCGUCCUUAUAGCUUCAUCUUGUGCUUCGAAGGGUCAGUCAGACCAGAUCAUGACUAUCUAGCUUCGACGUCCUCUUUACAUCUCUCUCUCCUCUUCACUAGCGGAGUUUUCCUAUUGCCAGCGGCAUCAUAUCUAUUAACCGACACGCCGUAUAAAUCCUUCUCCCAGGGAGGUGUUGCGAUUGUUUAUUAUCCGAUUUCAUUCUUGGCGCCUAUUGUUUCGCUUGCCGCGUCACCACAGUCAAGAUGUCUACACGCAGCAGCGAUUAUGGACAGGUGAUCGAGUAUAUUCAAGACCGUCUCUACUUGGCCUCUUACGAUUAUCCUCCUGAUGCGAGAACGCCUUUCCCCUAUCCCGAACAGCCCAAGUCUCCUAGCAAACGAUCCGCCAAAGCCCAGCCCACUACUCCAAGCAGCAAGAAACGCAGCCCCGUAUACUUUACGGUCGACGAUGUUCUCCUAUACAACUCCUUCCAUGCUGACUUCGGACCUCUACACAUUGGACACCUUUAUCGCUUUGCCGUGCACUUCCAUGAGAUUCUGGGAGACCCUGCGAACAGUGAUCGCGCCGUGGUCUUCUACUCUAAGACCGACUCGCGCAGUCGUGCCAAUGCGGCCUGUCUAGUCGCUUGUUACAUGGUCCUGAUUCAAUCUUGGCCUCCGCACUUGGCUCUGGCCCCAAUUGCACAAGCUGAUCCCCCAUACAUGCCUUUCCGUGACGCCGGAUACAGUCAAGCGGAUUACAUCAUCAACAUUCAGGAUGUUGUAUAUGGAGUGUGGAAGGCCAAGGAGCAGUCCUUGUGUGGCUUGAGGGACUUCAGCCUCGAAGAAUAUGAGAAAUACGAACGCGUUGACAUGGGCGACUUCAACUGGAUUACUCCCCAAUUCCUGGCCUUUGCCUCCCCACAACACAAACCCAUUGAUGUCAUUCCUCGUGACUCCCCCGAAUAUGCCCUGCUGCCUUCUACUGUCUCGGAAGUUCAGGCUUCCAAACUACCCACUCCCUUCAAGAAUGUUUUGACCCACUUCUCCUCUCGGAACGUGGGUCUUGUUGUGCGGCUGAACUCCGAAUUGUACUCGCCUUCAUACUUCACCGCUCUGGGAAUUAGUCAUGUCGACAUGAUCUUUGAGGAUGGAACUUGCCCCCCUCUGCCUCUGGUUCGCCGAUUCAUCAAGAUGGCCCAUGAGAUGAUUACACAGAAGAAGAAGGGGAUCGCUGUCCACUGCAAGGCGGGUCUUGGCCGUACUGGAUGUCUCAUUGGUGCCUAUCUCAUCUACAGAUAUGGCUUCACUGCCAAUGAGAUUAUUGCAUUCAUGAGAUUCAUGCGGCCUGGAAUGGUUGUUGGUCCCCAGCAACACUGGCUGCACCUCAAUCAAGGCUCGUUCCGCGAAUGGUGGUUUGAGGACAGCAUGAAGGAGAAGCUUGCUCAAUUGCAAUCGGUGCCCAUCACCCCUGGCCGACCCACCACACGCCAGCGCGCCAACGGGCCUGUUGCAACCCCACCGAACAAUGGUCAUUCCAAGCGAGCUGCUCUCGGAGAGAUUGAUCACAAUGAAGGUGCUGGCACAGUCGCUGAAGAGAAUUUGCCCGCACCCACACCUGGUCAGCCCCGCAAGUCCCAGCGCAAGGACUCUCGUCACCACCCAUACUCUCGCACGACCUCGGGGAGCCUGAUAAUUGAGAAGGAGGCGAACAAGACAUCCAGUCGUCUCAGCACCGACAGUAGCGAGAGUGACGAAGAGAUUCAACUGCGCAUGCUGGCCAAGCGCUCUUCAAGGUCUCCCGUGGCAUCUCCUAGCCAGCGGUCUGUUAGUUACUCUGCAACCGUGACCGCCAGUUACACCCUCAAUGAUGAUGACCGGGAGAACUGGGGUGAUGCAGCUGCAUAUGCACCUAAGACGCCAGUGAGCAGCAAGAGCGGUAGUGGAAUGAUAUCCGUUACCAAGGUUCGCACGAGCCCGAGGCGUGUGACAGAUAGUCGUACCGAGAAGGGUGUCCGCAAGGCCAGUGGACGUGUUGGUAGCGCAGGAAGCCCUACUAGGGUGAAAUGA